CACCUCACCUCAUCUUCAUUCCCAACACACACAAAAUAGCAUACCAAUACCAUAACAACUUUGGAUUCAUCAUCAUCAGCACAAAAGCACAGACAGACACGGUCGAGAUCGAGGACAUGAGGCUCGCAAGAAUCGCGAUGGCCGCCAUGGAGGACGGCGGCGGCGCGUCGUCGUCGUCGUCGUCGAUGCAGCAGCAGAUGCCGGCCGCCAUGGCGUACGCGGGGCGCGUGCAGCCGCCACCGUUCUGGUCGACGCCGACGCCGUACCUCUUCAUCGGCUUCGCGGUGGUGAUGGCGCUCAUCGCCGUGGCGCUGGCCGUGCUCCUCUGCUCCCGCCGCAAGGAGGAGGAGGAAGCGGCAGGCCGCCGCGGCACCGGCGCGGAGCCGGGCGUCAUGUCUGUCGUGCGCGUGCUCACGCCGCUCGACAGGGAGGACGCCAUGCCCAAGGUGCUCGUCGUCAUGGCCGGGCACAGCGCGCCGUCGUUCCUCGCCAGCGCCGCGCCGUUUGCCACCAGCUUCACUACUCACGCCGCCGCCGACGGGGCCGCCAAGCCGCCGCAGCAGCACGGCAGCGGCGGCAAGGACGGCAAGGACGCCGCCUUCGCCGCCGUGUAGUAGCCUUUCCCUGCCGCUCGGCGCCCCCCGAUCGACCUGCCGGCCGUGUGCAAGAGAUCGAUCGAACGAGAGCGCCCGCGCAUGGACGUGAAAAAAAAAAUAGACUAAGCUGGAUGAUCAUCGGAGAAGCGAUUUUGUUCUGACUUUUUUUUUUGUUUUGCUUUCGUAUUAGUGCAGUUCUGUGACGUACGUGCAAUGCUGAUCUGCAUAGCUUCUGCAUGUAAAAUGAGAAGAUGUGUGUUGAGCUUGAGGCCAGAAAAUUUCCAAGCUAAUUAAUUAAUCACCUGGUGAUUGCAUCA